UACAUGGUGACAUAUACUAUAUGUAUAUGUGAACAAUUAUCUCUAUAAAUACAUCUUUCAUAUUCAUUGAGAUUUCUCAUAACAAAUUAGUUAUCUACAAGGAGGGAUGAAGAUCCAUCUAUCACUUCAUUGUAUUACUCUUCUUUUGAACUUAGCCUUACAAACACCUCAUGUCCUAUCCAUCUCCAUUUCUCAACAAGAAUCCUCUUUUCUUCUUUGCCUUCAAAACAAUUCCUUACCGUCUAACAUUCUCUUCACGCCCGAAAAUCCACAAUACACAAAUCUAUUCUUCUCCUCCAUCCAAAACAAUAGAACCCUUUUCAGUUCUCCUAAACCUUUUCUCAUCAUGACUCCAACACACGGAUCUCAUGUUUCAGCCGCAGUCCUUUGCUCCAAGAAACUAAAUAUCCCAUUGAGAACUCGGAGCGGCGGACAUGAUUAUGAAGGACUCUCAUACACCACCACAAGCUCUUCCUUUGUUCUCAUCGAGCUCCGUAACUUUCGUUCCGUCAAUAUGGACCUACCCAAUAACACAGUUUGGGUAGAAGCAGGAGCAACGCUCGGGGAGCUUUAUUAUGCCAUCGCCACCAGAAGCAAGACAAUCGCAUUUCCCGCCGGAAUCUGCCCCACAGUCGGCGUAGGAGGGCAUUUCAGCGGAGGAGGCAUAGGGACCAUCAUGAGGUCUUUCAGCUUGGCAAUUGACAACAUUGUGGAUGCCAAGAUCGUGACCGCCAAUGGUGAAAUUCUCAACCGGGACUCCAUGGGAGAGGACCUCUUCUGGGCCAUAAAAGGCGGCGGCGGAGCCAGCUUUGGAGUCAUCCUAUCCUACAAACUACAGCUCGUAAAAGUCCCCCCUAAGGUCACCGUAUUCAACAUUAACAAAAUACUAGCAACACGAAGCGACAUCAAACUUCUCACCAAAUGGCAAUCAAUUGCAUAUAAUAUCGACAAUCGAUUGUUCAUAAGGGUGAUAUUAAAAGUGGUGAAUGUUGAUCGAGAGAGUAAUAAAAACAUUCAAGCUACAUUCCAAUCCUUGUUUUUGGGAGAGAUAAGCGAGCUUCUUCCUAUAAUGGGUGAGAGCUUCCCUGAGCUGGAGCUUCAAUCAAAUGACUGCAUGGAGCUAAAUUGGAUUAGAGCUGUGCUAAACAUUGCAGGUUACUCUCACAAUGAGCCUCUGGAAAAACUACUCACUGUGCUAAACAUUGCAGGUUACUCUCAGAAUGAGCCUCUGGAAAAACUACUCAGCAGAGCUCCCCAAUUCAAUAACUUAUUCAAAAUUAAGUCAGAUUUCCUCACAAAGCUCAUCACUGAUGAGCAAUGGGAGGUGAUUUUUAGUGAGCUUCUGAAAGGAGAAGAGCACCCUUUUCUAAUUAUAGAACCAUUUGGUGGAAGAGUGGAUGAAAUAAAUGAAGCAGAAACUCCAUUUCCACACAGAAACGGAAGUCUGUAUAACAUACAACAUAUUAUAACCUGGGAAGAUCCAGGGAUGGAAGUAGCAGAGAAAUAUAUUGAUAGGAUGAGGGAAUUUUAUGAUUUUAUGACACCAUAUGUUUCUAACAACCCUAGAACUGCAUAUUUAAACUACAGGGACCUUGAUUUGGGGAGAAAUCUGCAUAAAAAUGCUAGUUAUUUGGAGGCUAGGGUGUGGGGUGAAAAGUAUUUUAAGGGAAAUUUCAGGAGGCUGGCCUAUGUGAAGGCUAAAGUUGAUCCUGAGAAUUUAUUCUGGAAUGUGCAGAGCAUUCCUCCUCUUGCUUGAUUUUAAUGUCAUGAUAUGAUUAUAUAAAUUGAGGUUUGGGUUUAGGAAGAAUUGUGUGCAUUCAUACACACAAUUCUCAUGUAACUUUGAUUUCUUACAUUUAUACCGCUUUAGCUAUCAUUGAAAUGUUGUGGUUAACUUCAU